AUGGCGUUUGAAGCUACGCGCAUUCGACAGAAUAUUCGUGACCAUAUCGAAUCUCCACAAUCACCGCUCGUACUCAAAAAAGAAGCUGUGAAAGAGGUUCUGGGCUACCCGGUCACCCUCGACCCGGAAUGGCUGAUGCUGUGGAAGACACUGCAAGCCUUCUACCCCGACAACGCCACGUUCGUACCAAGUAUAGCGACAGUCAUCAUUAACUGGUGCGAUGCUUUCAUGUCUUGGUUGGAGAGCGAGGAAAAUGAAGACGCAGUCGAGAAGUUGCUGGAUGCUCUGACACAUGUCAAUAGACUUGAUCUCAUGAUCGAGGUCUCGGGGAAAUCGACCCGUCCAGUCACAGCAUGGGAUGCGAACAAAUCCAUAUUCGUCAUCGCACUCCCCAAGGGAAAAAUACCGCAGGAGAGUACUGUCCUGGCCGGUUUCACCUCCGAUCUCCUGAGACUCUUCGCUCCUUCUCCUAUGUUGGGUGCUACGGAGCUAGACGAGCCAGCUGGCACCAGCAUACUGGCACCCGAAGAUGCGGAAGACUGGGCUGACCUCGAUCUCGGGUCUCCAGAAAGCCAUACCGUGGUUCCAUCCCGCCAGAAGCAGGCACCACCCGGGGCAAAAGACACUGGACCAGAUGUGAUUCCAGAACUCGCAAGAAUCCCAAGACCAGAAGAAUUAACACGUAGCCCACCGUACUGGAUCGUGGUGAAACAGGAAGGCAGACAAAGAGUUGUCAUCCAAGGAAGUCACGCACCCAGUCUGGCCAGCCUGGACCAGUACUUGAAGAGAUGGUGUCGAGGAGACACUGGGAGAAGUGACCGACCGCCUAUUGUCGAGAUCAAAUUGCACGAAUCGGCUUUCGGACUGGGACUUCUCCACGACACCUUAACACUGGAGACAGAGCGAUUCAGAGAGGUAUCCGCAAUGGCGGUGUUGGUAUUCAUCGAAAGAGUUCUGGGAUAUACAGCCUUGCCUUCCAGCGGCUCGGCAGGAUCAGUGUGGGAAUUCAAGAGAACGAAGGCUUUUAUAUAGAUUGAGGAGGGCUCCGUGAAAGAAUUGAAAGACAUUGCUGGAACGGCUCUUUUCUCACAGUAGCGUAAAGAGCUGUUGGUUGAGCAAUAUCACG